AGUUCUGUCGUCAGUCCGGUUAAGACGGCCGGACCCUCAGACCCUACGAUCCACCCUCCCCAUUCCACUAACAACCUCUUCGGACUGCUUUCGAUUGCGAGAAAGACCGUCUCUUCCGAUGGCCUACGCGUAACAAAAAUCACGAUACCCAUUUACUUACUUCUUCUAACUCGUUUUUUGCGAUUGCAAUCUUCAUUCACUCUCUUCUUUUCCUUGUUUUUCUUUUCCUCUGUGUUUCUUCGACUUUCUAGACGCGAAACCUUUACUUUCUGAAACUGUGGCUUUCUAAUCCACCACUAUCGGCUGCCUCAAUUCAAUCCGCCCACUGUGAUACCAUCUAUCCUCGCACACGCACACGAGCCCAACUUAACACUCCUCUACUCCUGCCUGCGCAACGAAUCCAAUCCACCUAAAUACCCCCCUCGAGAUCGAAAAAUGGCAUACCUUCUCUACUCCCUAACCUUCCUCGUGCUCGUCACCGGCACGAUCCUCUACCUAACCCGGAAUUACUGGGUAGCGUUUCUCCCCGGACGCUCGCACCUGUACUUGCGGCUCCCCGGCUCGUUCGCAGGCGAUAUCGAAGCGGGCCUGUCGAGCAGUACCUUCGAUCUAGGCGCGAACGUAGAAGGGGGCGAUGCCCGCGCGGGUCUUGACGACGAGGCGAAAGCCCAAAUUCUUGCGAUUAUGAAGAAGAGGCGCAUGCGCUUCGAUGAGGCGCGCAGGGUUUACAUGGAGCAGCGAUUCAGCGCAAAUGGCAUCGCGGCGGAUGGGAGGCCGAAGGACCCCAAAUUCGUCAGUUUCUCAUGAGUGCGUGCGACUGUAAACCCUGCUAGUCUGCGAUGACCGUGUCCGCCCUAUAGGUGUAAGGACCUGGGUGUGUGUAUAUUUAUAGGUUUGUGAGAGUACGGGUGGGAGUCUUAGGCUGGUCGGUUGCCAGCGUAGACAUUGGAGAUGGACGGAUGGUGGGUGGGAUGGGGCUACGGACUGACCUAUAUUCAUCGCGAUGAGCGUUCGCGCGUUUUCCUUCAUUUUGUGACGGCGUUAGUGGGGGUAUAUUACUUUUAACGCAGUAGGAGAAGCAUCCUUGGCUCAGUAUCCAGCACGACUAAAUUGUGCCAUUCGCAUCGUAUGCUCAGGUGUAUUUUAGGACGGGGAAGGGAGUUUCGUAUUGAAACUUUUAUAUCAUUUUACUAUGUAGUCGUCGAGUACGACUACGGAGAACGGUAAUGGGUCGUUCGAAAUCUACAGCUCAUCACAAUUCCCUUAUCCCGAUAUAAUAUCGAAGUCUAUCAAAGUCUACACAAGUUAUCUAAUGCCUAGGUACCUAAUAUACGUGUAUGCGCGUCUCA